AGUGGUGAGCGGCGGUGGGCGCUCAUGGGGCCGUGCUGCUGCCAAUCGCAGCGCGGGGCGCCGAGUGACGGAUGAGGAAGCGGCCGGCGGGCCCGUCUGCAGGUGGGCAGCUGGCCAAUAGGAGGCGAGGAGGCGCCUGACGGACGGCGGGAGGGGCCAAUGGCGCUCCCGGGGCUGGGUGAGUGAUGCAUGGAGAGAUGUGAUUGGUGACUGCUGCUGAUGAAACAUGACAGAUCAAUUCUAAUCUCUUGCUGGUGAAGACAGUUAUUCAUGGGGACAUGCAUCUGUCUCUUACCAUUUUAUUCACAGUCUCGCUUACUGUUGGACUUCAACAGACCUAAUCUGUGAAGAUAAUUAAAAUUCCUUUGUUGUGAAUGCUCUAAAAAGCUUGGUAAUGGCCCCACUACCAAAUGCUGAACUGGUUCAGAACUCUCUGCAGUUAUACCGUUACCUGCUUCGAUGCUGUAAGCAACUUCCCGAAGAGAGCAUUCGUCAGCAUUACAGACAUGCUGUGAGGCAGAGUUUCAAAGUUCAUGCUGAUGAAGAUGAUCCUGAGCGUAUCCAGCAGAUUAUUAAGAGAGCCAUUGAAGAUGCUGACUGGGUCAUGAAUAAGGCUUCCACUUCAACUGUUGGUUGGACUUUAUUUGAAGAUGGGUGCCUGUCCCAAAACUGUCACGGAAACAGACCCCAUUCAGUGUCUGUGCACUGAGCAUUGUAAUCACUGACAUGCAAUGUUGUGCAGAUAUAAAGGACUUCACGACUUCUUGCAACAUAUAAUAAAUGCCCUUUAAAAAUGGGAAUCAUGUCCUUAUUAGAAAGACCGUCUCUUCACUACCCUAAUAGAUUUUCAACAGGGGAAACGCAACAGAAAUGGUGGGUAUCUGAAAUAAAUUUAAGGGUAAAAGUGAUUCGUUUUGAAACAUCUUUGCGUGUAGCUGUACUUGGAACGUCGUGCCUCCAGGUGGCAGUGCCUGCCGCCAUGCGUGUCCCAAGGCCCGAGUGUUUCCAAGUUGGGGUUUCUUUCACGACUUCCAAACAGUUGAGCUUCUUCACCUGUCAAAAUAGAACUCAAUUGUUAAGGCAGAUCUAUUUUAGGCUCCAGAUUUUCUUCUUCUUUCAGCCAUGAAAGAAACAACAAAAAAAACCUAGCUCAAAGAAUUUGCCAAGUGCUGUAAAACAAAUGGGUGCCAUAAAUGACCAUUUAUACCAUAAAGUAUUGUAUAAAUAUAAUAAAUUUAUUGUAUAAAUACUGUAUUGCAUAAAUCCUCUGACUCUGCUAACUCUAAAAAACACCUCUUCAAGACUUCAUGCCUUCUGUUAUUCUUUCCUCUGCACUGUCACUCACUGUUCCUCUCUUUGCUCCCACAUCUUUCACAUCACCUUAAACACCCUCAACUUGUGUCAUUCUACGUAUUCUUAAUUCUGUUCUCUCUCGUCUUGUCCAUCUACCCUGUUUCUUUAUCCUGCUCAAAUCCUUUCCUGACAGAUGCAUUAGAAAAUACUCAGGUAUUAUGCUGGGGCCACCCUUCUGCUUAAUUUCAGAUAACAUGUGCUAUCAUGCUGUACCCCAAUUCUGUUUUAUAUGUUUGGCCUGUGGUGUGGAAGUGCACUGAACUUUAUAUCAGUGCAACACUGGAAAUUAUGACUCAGUAGGACUUAACAGUACAGAGACAUAGUAGUUCCCUGAAUUUUAACUGUCAUGUGCUUAACAACCCUCUACUGCUUUAAUUGUCUGGCUUUUUGUAGUGUAAGUCAUAACAUUUUGUUCAGUCACCAAAAAGGAUAAUUGUAUGUGUUUAAAUCAUUCUUACAUGCCUGUUAUUUUAUGAGUGGUUCAAGGGGGAAAGCACCAAGGAGCUGGAAGGUGCAACUGUGGCAUAUCUGCAUCUCAAAAUAUCUGAGAUAUGGAAACAUCAGUCCAAAGGUAUGAUAGAAGUAUCUGUGAAUGUAAGGUUCUAGAAAUUGGUAGAGAAUGCAGUUCUUAGGAGGAUGCAGAAGGAAAAUAUAGUUACUGAGGCAGGAGACAGUAGUGAUGUUUUGACAGUAGUGAUUCAGUUAUAGAUCAUGAAGUGUCUGAGUCUAUGUGAAAACAUAAUCUGGUUUUCAAAACAACAAACCCUUUAAUAGAGUAGAAAUGUAAUGUGAAGGUAACUGCUUACUCUGUUAUGAAACAAUUUGCUUGGUGGGGGAGACAUCAUGCAAACAACUAUUUGCUUUUUUGUGACAGUGAAAGUUACCCCAAUAUGUAGAUAAACAUGUUUCUCUGACUGGGCUGAGAAGUCGGUCAGCUGCAUGUCUGAGACUUUUAUGUUUUCAAGAUAUUACACAAAUUCUGUUCUUCAGCAGAAUAAUUUGAGACCAAAGAUCACAAUCACACAGAAUCUUAAGGGCUGGAAGGGACCUUGAAAGAUCAUCCAGUCCAACCCCUCUGCUGGAGUAAGACCAUCUAGAGUAGGUCACAUAGGAACUCGUCCAGCUGGGUUUGGAAUGUCUCCAGAGAAAGAGACUCCACAGCCCAUCUGGGCAGCCCCUUCCAAUGCUCCCUCACCCUCACAGUGAACAAGUUUUCCCUUGUGUUACUUUAGAACCUUUUAUGCUCCAGCUUGUACCCAUUGUCCCUUGCCCUAUCAUUGGACAACACUGAUGUUAUAUUAGCCUAGAUGUAGAUGAGAACCUGAACUCUGAGAAGGGAUUUGGCAGAGCUUCAGUACUUUCAACCAAAAUUAUUAUCCAGAAAACUACUGAGAAAUCAUUUAAUCCUAGAGUUGCCCUAAUUUACAACUCAAUAACCUGCUUAACCUCAGAGAUUAUACUAUAAAUUCAGUUUUCUUCAUUAGUGUCCAGGUAUCUUUGGGCAGCUCUCUGUGCUUCUGCCCCCCAGUCUUGCUGAGACUGAAGAGCUAUUCUCUGUCCACCAGUGUCUUCAGUUGAUGUUAAUGCCACAGUGCUAAUGAUCAGCUGCCAGUGACUCUAACAGUGCCCACUGCAGGAAAGACACAGUUGCAGGCAUAACUUUAGUCCUAUUGCUCAUAGAGGGACACUUUACUGGUCAGCCUCCUCCAUGGUUCUCUGAUGGCAGUUGUGAAGAAAAUGCCAACACCAAGUAGACUGAUGUGUCUGUGUUUCCAUAUUCAGUCAUCCAGAAUAUCUGAAAAUAGAGAUGUUGUGUGUAAAUUAAGUGACAGGAUUGAAGGGACUAUUGUAUACUGUUACUACUAUUGCAGAGUUUAAAAGAAAAAAGCUUGUGGUGCUCAUUAAACUGUUGACACAACAAAGGAUAUUGUCAGUAAAAAGCAACAAUUCUAUUUCUAGGAUUUAGUUUAUUGAAAUGAGGAACUCAUUUCUGUACUUGUAUAUUACAUCAGUUCUGGUAAUUGACCAUUAAUAAGUAUGUGCAAUAAUCACAUGAUUAAGGGCCUGCCAAAAAGUCAUGUCAAAGCCUCAGUUUUUGUGGCCCCACUGAUAAGCACUCCUAUAGUCAGUGUUCAGUUACCAGCAUCACUCUCCUACUGGAAGAGUAUCACCUGUCCAUUCAUUAGCCUGAAGGUUCUCCUUGCUUACAUAAAUGUGAUAACCGCACUGUGGAAACAACAGUUGCAGCUGGUUACUGUGAGACCUUGAGUCAAUAACUUCUAAGUGCUCCUCUACAGUUAAAGGAGCUGGAUGGAAUUAGUCAUUCAAAGGUUGUGUACAGACAACUCUGUCAGUUAAGCUGGAGAGAGGGUUUCACAGAAGGCUUGUUAUGCAAGGUAAACGUUAGAACAGGGAAAGGACAGUUGGGAGACUAGUUUAAAAGAUUGCAAUCAUGCCUUUAAUUCUUGAGGUAUUUUAGAUUUAGAUAACUAUUUAGGUACAGAAAAUAAGUUCUUAGUCAUUAACUCCAGGUUUUAGACUUGUCAAUAUUCAGUCUAAGGACAUAAUCAAAUUUGGUGCUCUCUAUAUAUAGAACAUUGGGAACCUAAAGCUGCAAUUGUGUGGAAAUACUCUGUACAUUACAAAUGUGGAAGAAACAUGUCUAGAAAGACUGUAGCAGUGUAUUAGUUGAUGUGUUUUGUUUAACAUAUAGGUUCUUGCUCUAAACCUCACAGACAAAUGUUAAAGAGUCUACUUUUGUUGGUACCAACCUGGGAGCCUCACGGAGGAGCUUUCAGUGUAGUGCAAAACUUUUGUAAAAACAUUUGUUCCUAUCAGGUUUUGGUGUGGAACAGAUUGUAAAUUUGUAAGUUGUCUAAAAUCCAGGGUAGGAUUCUGUACUUCACAUGGUUAAAGACUUGCAUAAUUCUGAUCACAUUCUUAUGUCAGAGUGUUACUGAUUUCCAUUCACUCUUGCCACUGAAAGGCAUUUGAGCCACGUGUGUACCGAAUAGAAUACUUCACCCCAAGCCAGGCUUUGCUUAGCACCAUUUGCCAAUAACUGAAUAUUCUUUAAAUCAUUCUUUAGCUUUAGCACUUUGUAAACUCUUUUUCACUCAAUUCAUUAUGUCACAGGCAUUGCUUUUUUGUAUAGAGACGUGUGAGCUUAAGAAUGCGAUGCUAAACAAAAACAUCUCUUCUUGUGGUGUUUGGCUCACUUUCAAAUGUCAUAAGGAAGUGAUCUUUGUGGUACUAUAAAGAACAAGGAUACACUCUGUUUCUGAGAGAAGCAAACAAUAUUCACUAUGAUCUUUUUUUGAAGGAAACAGUCUCUUAUUUGUGAAUAGCUUUUAACUUGGCAUUACAAAUUGUGCCUUCAUAUAAAGCUCUGAUAAGAUGCAAACCAAACAGACAGCACAGUGUCUCAGACAUUUAGUAUCAAUACGCAGUUAUUAUGAGAGUCCUUGAUGUUAAACGGUAAGAACAAGUCUUUAGAGCUUCAUACUCCACAAUGUGGUGUCCAUCAGUGUCAUCCACAAUAGCAUAUGUAUAUUUGGAAUGGAUGGCUAGUCUCUUUGGCAGUAACACGUGAAAAUGCCUUGUUGCUGUACUGUGCUGCGCAUUUGGUCAGUUGCUUAACUGCAGUCUCCCUUACUGUUCAGAGGUGAAGUGUUUCUUUUUGAGCAUAGGCCAGCUGGUGCAUCUUUCAACUUUUGUAUUAUUUGAUUAAUUUAUCUUAUACUUCUGUCAAGGCAGGUUUUAUGAAAUAGUGUUAACUGAAGUCCACGCUGGUCAUCAAGUGCUCCUUUCAGCUUGUGCUUAAUGAAGGCAGACAUAUUAACUUUAAAAAAACCCUUCUUCUUUGAAGAAUAUUUUCUGUUUUCCUCAUAAUUAUAAUUGAUACUUAGAACAGUUUCAAAAAGUUUAGAAGCAGAAGGGGGCAUCUGUCACUUGGAGCUAAGAGUUUAAGAAUGUUUGUGUAUAUCAGUGAUCAGAGAGGUCCCUGAUGCUGCACAGUUAAAGAAUUAAUCCUAUAUGUAAGGAAACUAAUAGAUUGUGAACAGAACAGUUCUGAAACUGCUGUUUAUCGUCUUUACCUAUAAACCAAGAAGCCUAAGAAAUUAACUUCCCUAUUCUCUAACUAUCAACCUUGGUGCCUUUCCCCCCAGAAGAAUCUGCUUCAAUACCUUGAGUUAAUCCAUUUUGAAAAGGAUUAACUCGAUUUUUUUUUUUUUAUCUGUAACUUCUGAGACAGCUUUGUUUGGGUGCUUUGCUACCCCAUACCAAGUAUUUCAUUUCAGCUACUGCCCCACAACAUUAAAUUGAACUGCCUCAUUACUUGUGUGCCUCCUUCUGUUAGAGUUCAGCUUCAUCUGUCAAGCUAGUACACUUCAUGUCCUUUUACUACUACACCUGCCUUAUGUCCUUUUAUUGCUAUGGUUCUUUAUUAUUAUGUUUUGCAAAAUGUUUGGUAUCCUUUUUGAAAGAAGUUUAAAAAUGCUGUGUUUUUGGUUAAUAUUUCCUGCCAUACUGCACAAUGGAUUUGAAACUCUACCAAAAUGACAAUAAACUCCUGCAGUUGAUAA